CGGACACUUCUUUUUUUUCGCUCCUCUGUAAAGCUUUGAUCCACGCCUUGUGUUUUUUUUCUUGGUGUGGCUAUAUUUCAUUUUGGGAGGGAGAGAGCGCGAGCGUUUCGUGGCGGCCAAAUGCAAGAACGAUCUUCCUCUUCCUCGUCUUCGUCUUCGCGCUGGUGUUGUGGAGCCGCUUCCGCCGCUAGAGAGGAAGAUCACGAAUCAGACAUGGCGGCGGCGCAGUCGCAGAAGUGGAGCUACUUCUCUAACAAACCGCACCUCAAAGAGACGCUCCACAAGGCCUCCUCGGACAGCGACAAGCGGCGGCUCACGGCGGACAUGCAGAAGCUAGUGUGGGCGCAGCAGCGCCAGGAGCCAGCGGCGCCGCCACCGCCACCGCCAGGAACCACCGACGCCGCCAGCGAUCCCGACCAAAACGACGAGAUGGUUAAGGCGGUGGACACCAUCCAGGCCAAGGAGGAGGAGAUCGAGAAGCGCAAGGCCGAGGUCCACCAGAGGGUCCAGGCAAAGCUUAGCAAAGUGGAGCUGGAAGCUCGCAGCUUGGACAACCUCCGCCGGGAGUUGGAAAAUCUCGAGGAUCCGACGAGGAAGGAAGUCGGGGAGAUCCGCAAGAAGAUUGAGGCGGUGGACCGGGAGCUCAAGCCGCUCAAGCAGCAGUUUGACAAGAAGGAAAAGGAGUUUAAAGAUGCCUCCAAGGCCCUCGACGACAAGGUGAAGCUCAAGGCCUCGCUCGUGAGCAAAUUGAUGGAGGUUGUGACCGAGAGCGAGGCCGUGAGGAUGAAGAAGCUCAACGAGCUCUCCAAGAGCUUCGAUGAUAUGGACACCGCCGCGCUCGUUGCCAGUGGUGGAGCUUGAGAUCCACUCUCGAGCUCGCAAAUCCACGAACUCACAACAAACACUUCACAGGUGAAGAUACUACACACACACACACACACACACUUACUCGUCGCAAAUUCCUUCCUUUUUUUCUCGCUUUCACUUCUCCUUGCUUUGGCGGAUUACAUACAUAGCUCGUGAUCAAGAUCAAGAAAAAAAAAAGAAAAAAAAAAGAAAAAAGCCGCAGCGAUUUUGUUGGUGUUUUCCUUUUUGUGAUACGGAGCCUGGCUGCACUCCUCCUUUCGCGUCUGUGACACACAAACUUUAUCAUACAGUAAGAAAGAAAUGCCCAGACGUUUCCAAAGUGUGGAUUUUUUUGUUUCUUCCUUGUCACUGGAAUGGAAUCUAGCUUUGCUUGGAUGGA